AAAUGAAAUGUAUAUUAAAUGGUAAAUCUAUCAGUAAAGGUGAUUGCUCUCGCCGUAUGUUGAAACUUAAUCCUGUUCUAGAAGAUGGUUUGAUGAAAGUAGGAGGACGUUUGGAAAAUGCACCAAUUAUGCAUUCAUCAAAGCAUCCCAUCAUAUUGCCUCAUAUAUCACAUCUUACGGAUCUAGUCAUCAGGGAUCAUCACAACAAAGUUGGUCAUUCAGGUAUGGGUCAUACAUGGACCUCAUUAAGAGAAAAGUACUGGAUAAUCAAAGGUGGAGUUGCAGUAAGAAGGGUCAUCGGAAAUUGUGUUUCUUGUCGAAAGCGAAAUGCCCGCCCUGGAAAACAAUUUAUGGCAGAUCUACCUUCCUGUCGACUGAAAUCGGAUGAACCAGUGUUCAGUCAUGUUGGUGUUGAUCUAUUUGGACAUUUUCUUGUUCGACAGGGAAGGAGUGAUGUGAAAAGAUGGGGUUGUGUGUUCUCGUGUAUGACAACUCGUGCUGUUCACAUCGAGGUGGUAAAUAGUUUGUCUGCUGAUUCUUUCAUAUGUGCACUCCGACGAUUUAUUGCUCGAAGGGGUCAUUGUACUCAUAUAUAUUCGGACAAUGCUGGUAAUUUUGUAUUGGCAGAGAAAAUACUUGAAAAUUCCUUGAAGAUAUGGAAUGAUUCUCAAAUUCAUGGAUACUUACGUCAAAAGGGGAUAACAUGGCAUAAAUCACCGCCUACAGGUUCAAAUCAUGGAGGUGCAUGGGAACGAAUGAUUCGGUCAAUUCGUCGAAUUUUCAAUGCUGUUACUCAGGGUCAAACUAUGACAGAUGAAGUUUUUAGGACCGCCUUGAUCGAGUGUGAAUCAUGCUUGAACAGUCGUCCAAUAAUUCCUGUAACAUUUGACCCACGGGAUGAAGAGCCUUUAACGCCGAAUCACUUGUUAUUACUUCGGUCAAAUCAAAAUGUGCCUCCUGGAGUUUUUGACAAGAAUGAUUGCUAUGUUAAACGUCGAUGGGCACAAUCUCAAUAUCUCGCAAAUGAAUUUUGGAGAAGAUGGAUUCGAGAGUAUCUGCCUACGAUUAUUGAGCGACACAAGUGGUUUCAGAAAGAGAGAAAUUUCAAGAAAGAAUAUGUUGUCCUGGUGGUAGACGAUUCUCAAUCUCGAUCAAGAUGGGCAAUGGGAAGAAUCGUGGAUGUGUAUCCAGACAAGAAGGGACUGAUACGAACAGUGCUUGUUAAAAUUCGUAAUAGCUUGGUAAAGCGUCCCAUCACCAAGCUAGUUCUUGUUGUUGAAGGCACUAAAUGACUAUUGAGGCUUGGAGAUCAUGUUGUGUUUUGAAAUUUAUUUCCUAUGUACAUAAAUUUGUGGGGGGGAAUGUUAGAUCUCCAGCGCCGGUAGUGUCUAUUUCUUUAUUGCUGACACGUUUGCAUCUUUUCGUUUGUCAACGUCGCAAACGUCUCAAUUCAUUACUCGCAUUUGAUGUGUUUCUUUAUUAUCUGUAGACCGAGCCGAGAAGGUUUCUGUCUACUGCAAUUUGCGUGUUUACAUCGUUAUUGUAUCGCCUGGCGUUAGAGCCGAAAUUAUAAAUGUGCACAGCUAGUUUGCUGUUGCAAUGCGUUACUUCUAUGGCGAUUAUCGUUAGGAAAGCUGUAUCAUAUUAUUUAUAGUGGGCUAAUUAUGGUUUUCUUUGUUUCAUGCUUAUUUAACUUGCUAAUAGUUUAAAAUUUGCUGCAUUGAACUCUGGAUUAUUGAACUGCAAUUUGUGAAUCUGUCCUGCGUUUUGAUUGUUUUGUGAACAAUUCUUGUGUUCUGCAGUUACAUAAAAGAUUCGAUAUAUUGUUGACCUUGGCUAAAAACAGUCGAAAACCUCUCUCUCUCUCUCUAUCUCAACUCAAUCUAUCUGUAUUCGUCAUCUGUUUCCGUGAUCUAUUUGGCUCCAUCUGACAUCUCGAUUUUAUAAUUUAUGCUGAGCAAGUGCUUGAUAUUUCCACGACAUAUUACAAUUCUCCUGUGUUUGAAGU